UUUGAGAUCGUCUCUGACCUCCACACUACCCUAGGGUUUUAGAUUCUCUCCCUCCCUACCUCCGAUCUCCAUAACCCCAUCCGACAAUGAAGACCAUCUUGUCCUCCGAGACCAUGGACAUCCCCGACGAUGUCAAGAUCAAAGUCAAGGCCAAGAUGAUCGAGGUUGAGGGUCCACGAGGCAAGCUCAGCCGCAAUUUCAAGCAUCUCAACCUUGAUUUCCAGCUCAUCAAGGAUGAGUCUGGGAAGCGGAAGCUCAAGAUCGACGCCUGGUUCGGCUCUCGUAAGACCACCGCGGCGAUCCGCACCGCUCUCAGCCAUGUUGAGAAUCUCAUCACCGGUGUCACAAAGGGGUACAGAUACAAGAUGCGGUUCGUAUAUGCUCACUUUCCCAUCAACGCCUCCAUCACCAAUGGAAACAAGGGUAUUGAGAUCCGGAACUUUCUUGGCGAGAAGAAGGUAAGGAAGGUCGAUAUGCUUGAUGGGGUUUCCAUUCUCCGGUCUGAGAAGGUUAAGGAUGAACUGGUAUUGGAUGGAAAUGACAUUGAACUUGUUUCACGAUCUGCUGCCCUCAUCAAUCAGAAAUGCCAUGUCAAGAACAAAGAUAUCCGGAAAUUCCUUGAUGGUAUCUAUGUCAGUGAGAAGGGGACAAUUGCCGGAGAGGAAUGAUUUAUCAAAUCAUAGGAUUAUUGUUGGUAGCUUGCGGGAUUAGUUGUUUUUUUUUGGGUCACUUUUGCUAGUCGUCACAUCUUUAUCCUCAAGUUUUUUUGUGAACACCUUCUAUAAGUUUGUUUGACAAUUUUGUGUUAUGAAAGUUGCCUCCCUAAAUGAUCUGGUUGUUUACUACCAGACACAAUGUUUUCCUACUA